CGAAAUACAAGCAGCUCGGCUAGUGCUACCCGCUGCCCCCAUCAUGUUAUUGACCACCGUGUCGGUGUAGAAGGAACACAAAAGUCACGACAACCACCCUGUUGCGAAACGGAGUCUUUAAAAUGGCAGGCGAGGAGGAGAGGGGGGUGGUUCGUGUCAAAGUCAAGAAAUGUGAUGGGGUGCUUCCUGUGGAGUUCCGCUCCUUUGCUGUUGAUCCUCAGAUAACAUCACUGGAGGUCCUGCAGCACAUUCUCAUCAGAGCCUUUGAUUUGAACGGGAAGCGGAAUUUUGGGAUCAACUACUUGUCUCGAGAUCGGAGUGGUGCUGAAACGUUUCUGUCUCUGCUGUCCGACUGGGAUUUGGAUGUUGCAUUUGUCAGUGCUGCCAAACCAUAUCUGCAGCUCAAGAUGGACAUAAAACCUUCAGAAGACAGUCCUGUUAUGGAGGACUGGGACAUCAUAAGCCCCAAAGAUGUGAUUGGCUCUGAGCAACUUCUCGCAGAGAGGACUAGGUCUUUGGCAAAUGCAGCUCUUCCCUUCACCCAGUCUCUACUUUCCCAGGUGGGCCGCACCCUGUCCAAAGUCCAGCAAGCCUUCAGCUGGUCUUAUGGGGAAGAGAUCAAGCCUUUCAAGCCCCCUCUGAGCGAUGCAGAGUUUCACAAUUACCUCAACGGACAGGGCCAGUUGACACGCCCUGAGGAGCUCAGACUGCGCAUCUACCAUGGUGGUGUGGAGUCUUCACUGCGUAAGGUUGUUUGGCGGUACCUCCUGAACGUCUACCCUGACGGACUGAGUGGACAGGAAAGAAUGGACUACAUGAAGAGGAAGACGAGGGAGUACGACCAGCUGAAGAGAGAGUGGACAGCCCGGGUCAGCCACGAGGACCUUGAAUUUAUCCGUGGCAAUGUUCUUAAAGAUGUCCUGAGGACAGACCGGGCUCAUCCAUACUAUGCAGGGUCAGAAGACAGUCCACAUUUGACUGCCCUCACAGACCUGCUCACCACUUUUGCCAUCACACAUCCACAGAUAUCAUACUGUCAAGGCAUGAGUGAUAUUGCCUCCCCUAUACUUGCGGUAAUGGACAAUGAGGCACAUGCCUUCAUUUGCUUCUGUGGCAUCAUGAAACGCCUGGAGGGGAACUUCCGGCCAGAUGGGCAGCUCAUGUCUGUUAAGUUCCAGCAUCUAAAGCUGCUCCUGCAGUACUCGGAUCCCGAAUUCUACUCCUACCUGGUGUCCCGAGGAGCUGACGACCUCUUCUUCUGUUACCGCUGGCUGCUCCUGGAGCUCAAGCGGGAGUUUGCGUUUGACGAUGCUUUGAGGAUGCUCGAGGUAACUUGGAGCUCUCUGCCCCCGGAUCCUCCUGAAACCGAAGUGGAGCUACAGGGACCACCAGUGGAAACCGAUGAAACAACAUCCCACGGAGACAAUCACAAGACAGUUGAGAAUUGCCUCGGAGAUGAUAAGGAACAAAAAGAGAAGCAGCGUAGACGACAUAUGCUGAGGCCUUCAAGAGAAGAACAAGAUAUGAGCAACAAUGCUGUCAUAGAAGGAAAAGACAGAAGAAAUGUAGGCACUGGAAAGGGGAGCGAGAGAGGUGAAGAUGCUAAUCCUCAAGUGAGCAUGGAACAGGUUGCUAUACAGGCGCCUCCUUUUGAGAGGAAAACCAGUUUUGGGGAGUUUAAAUACUAUACUGCCCGAAACGAAGACAGUUUUCAUAUGGAGGAUGCUGAGCAGCCACAGGGUUUGAUGUCUUCAAAGUCCGUAACAAGCAUUCCACAGCGCCAGUCCACCGUUGAUAGUGAGGAGGACACAGGAGAGAGAACACCUCUCAUAAAAAACUAUGACAGUGGUUUCUCUCCAUUGUCAUCGCCUCCUCUCUUUUCUAGUGGCCUACCAAUCUGGAAAACUGGCCCCUCUGUGUCCCCCACAUCUCCAGCUUCAUCCUCCAGCUGGCCAGGUGCCUCUCCAGACUCUCCUCCAAAAUCCACAUCCCUGUCCACAACCAAUGGAAGUGAGGCCUUACCAAGAACUGUCCAAAAAGUAUUGACCUCUUCUGCCCAAAUGCUCAGCAGUACAGGGAUUAACUCCCCCACGACCCCCACUGUAAAAACCUCUCCAACCCACAAUCGAUCCCUGCUCUCUUCACCCAUUUUGUCCUUUGGAAGAGGCCCUUCGCUGUCUGGCAGCAGGUCGUCCCCCAGCACCACAGCUAACACUCCCAGUUCUUUAAAGGCUGAGACCACCGGGAUCAAACAGUGUUCCCUGCCGCCUCCUCAAGAGUUCGGCAAAGGCAAUCCCUUCAUGCUGUUCCUGUGCCUGUCCAUCCUGCUGGAGCACCGAGACCACAUCAUCAAGAACAGCUUGGAUUACAAUGAGCUGGCCAUGCACUUUGAUCGCCUUGUGCGGCGCCACAACCUGAGCAGGGUGCUGCAGAGGGCCAAGGCAUUAUUUGCAGACUACUUGCAGAGUGAAGUGUGGGACUCAGAAGAAGGGGACGAGGUUAGCUCGGACUCCCCGACAACCGCUACCGCUGGUCAACACUCCCCGUCUUCAACCAUCUCUGCCAGGCCCAUGUACAGCCCCUUAGCAUCGCCUCAGCCUUCGUCUCUGAACUCAACCUAUAACCUGGCCACCACCAUACCCUCCCCAACAGCUCACGUUUUCCUUUCUCCCACUUCCUGAUUCCAUCAUACAUCAUUGGCUUCCCAUCCUCAGUGAACUCCUCUAACUGUGGCCCAUUGGAGGUGCAGACCUGUUAUGGACCACCCUCCACAUUGAAUUGGGCUGUUAAUGAUCUUCUCAUUCUGUGUAUGCUUGAAUACGUAUGUAUAUUCCUUAUGUCUGUAAUCCUAGUUACGUUUCAUUUUUCUUAGCCAUUUUGUUGUCUGUCCUUGAAGAGGGGUUGAGAGAGCUUUAUUUCUCAUCAUAUCUUGCUGAUGCAUGAAAUGUUAGACCCUGUGACGCUGGUGUCUGACAGUUAGACAGUUUGGCUGAUUAACCAGAACCGACAAAUGUUUUGCCGCUUGGUGCAUUUAACCUUUGUUGUCCUUUUUAUGAACCUCGUUUACAAGCUCCUGUUCUGUCCAAUAAGCCACACACGUGUCUUAACUAAAGCUCUUAAGUUAUGAUGGUUAUAAACAUAACAGAAAGGAUUUAUUGUCAGUCUGUCAAACGGUAAACUGACGACAACACUUGGAAACAAGACAAGGCCAGCACAUGUACUGUACUUCCCUAACCUUCGUGAGGCAGCCUGUCGCCAUGAACCUUAAAGGCUGAAUCAACACCACAUUCACAUAGUGAAACCAACAAAGAGUGCUGAGGUCACAAACGGGGUGAAUUUAAGUGAUGUCAAAAGGGUGUUUUGCCUUUGACAGCGAUAUAAAACCUCUGCUGUUUGAACAGUUCAACCCUCAGAGAGAAGUAGAGCUGUCUAAAACCUUCACAGGAAAGAGGGCUGAGACCUCUGGUAGAGUGAGGGACUAUAUUGACAUGAUGCUCACUUACAAACACCAAAUAUUUAGAGGGGAAAUCUACUGAUGUUACACAGGAAGUCCUACUCACCCUGUGAAAACAGAGCUUUGUCAAGUCGGAGGCAAAGCAAAUCUUAGGAGCGGUGUUCAAAGACACGAUUUGACACAAAUUUGCCUUGAGCUACAUGAAUUGACACAAGGACAAUGCUUCAACUUAUCCCAGCGCUUGUGAAUCUACUUCAUAGGCAAAGAGAAAAAAGAGAGUGCAGGAAAUAACUGAAAGCUGGCUGUCCUGGGGUCAGAGGUUCAGUCCCCCAGACGGGGUCUAUGCGUCCGUCACUAGCUUACAGCUAACGUUUGUAUGUUUGUCAGUAAAUUGGCAGUUUGGGGCGAAUAAACACAGACCGUAUAAACGGCCCAGCACUCAAACUCACGUGAAGGAUACAAGGCAAAGAAGGUGCUUCAUUUUUUAUCUGAACACACAUUGAGGAAAUAACCCUGAUGAUGCGGGGGACAUGAGAGUUCUCUAUUUGGGCAUAGAGACGACACGUAUGAGAGACAGCCCUCAUUACAAGCUGGGGUUGCACAGUUUACCAUGCAGGGAGGGUUGCAUUAUGGGAAAUGGUGGAUUCAGUGUUUUUUUUUUUGGAGCUUAACCCAGUUACUGCUGUCUGCUUCUGCUGCUUCCAUUUUAACGGUUCUUUUAAAAUAUGUGCAAACUAAGUGCAAUACUAGAUCACAAAUUCAACAUACAUUGCCCAAAGUUGUUUGGGAACCGUGUUUUCUUUUACUCUACUGAAUCUGGACUUGGUGGCAUAAUACCCAGAGAUAUGGAUUGAAACAGAACAAUGUUGUCGAGGCUCAUAUAUUCCACCACUACUACAUUCAUACUGUUUAUGAUUUAUGCUGUAGAUGAGCCCAAAUGAAUCAGUGUCCUCUUUAACAUGUCAUUGUGUUGCUAUGAGCUUGAUAUUCUUGUAAUUUCUGCUAUCACCAAAACCAAAGUUUCUAAAGGUUUAAUGUCGUUUGAAUACGAUUACUGCUUCAGAAAAAAAAGUGAUUCCAUAAUUUUUAUUUUUUCCCCCAAGUGCACCAUGGGUAAGGUGAGGUAGAGAGGACAGAGGUCUUAAGCUAAACUCACAUCAGAGAUUUUGGUUUAGUACAAUGAGUAUGUAUCGGUAAUAUGUUCACAUGGGUGUUUUAAUUUAGGCAAAAUAAUUAUUCUACAGCCACAGGUGUUAUUUUAUUGUUUUGUUUUUGCUUUUCUAACUUUGAAUGUUACUCAGCCAAUCACAACUGAGAACUGCCAACAACUGUUUUGUGAAGUCCGACCCCCGAGGAGCAGAUGAGACUAUUCAUAAAGUAAUGAACCUAACCAUGUCACACUAAGGAUGUGUGGAUGCAGUACUGUAGAGACACUUUGGUGGUGUUCUCCAUUGUACAGAUACCAUUCUGGUAAUACACUGUAUGUGCUGGACUCAUACAUUCAAACAGUAGUAAAGUAAGUACUGUACAGUA